AUGAGAGAUGGUAAAUUUGCCUGGGUCUUCAAAAAAGCCUUCUACUUACUGCAACACACCAAUGCUCAGCACGGCGAGAAAAAACAAUACAUGUGCAUGAAAUGUGGACGAAAUUUUUUAUCGCAGGAACACCUCGAUGCUCAUACGGAGGAAAAUGGCACCGAUGAACUACACAAAGACAGAAUUAGUUCAGCCACCGUUAAGGCACAAGAUGAAAAGCUGAAGUUCAAAUGCACAUUUUGUGACCGGGUGUUUACGCAAGUCUGCUACCUAAUGCAACACACCAAUGCUCAGCACGGCGAACAAAAACAAUUCAAGUGCAUGAAAUGCGGACAGAAUUUCGCAUCGCAGGAGCUCCUUGAUGUCCAUAAGGAGAGACAUAGCGCCGAUAAACCACAUAAAUGCAGAGUUUGCCCGAAGCAGUACCAUUAUAGGUGUGACUUGAAAAAGCAUAUGUUAGUUCAUAGCAAGAAGCCCAAUCCCUUGGUUUGCACGACUUGUGGUAGGCAAUUUUUGAGAAAGGAUCGUUUCAAGCACCACCGCUUGAGCCACGAGAAGAAAGCUGCCAUGUAUGAUAAGACAAGAAACCUUAAAUAA